AGAACUUGGAGUGGAGAGGAGAGCAUUACUGCGUCGGCAACAGCCAACAGGGGCGGAGCUGAGCUGCCUUCCUGUUCCUUGAAGCAUCAUCCUGAUUCUUGAAUCCGAAGAGAAAGAAAAGUGUGCUCUGGAUUUGAUGAAACAAUUCCAACUGGAGAAGCUGGGGCAUGGACAAUAGAAACGUCGUGGUCUGCGACAAUGGCACCGGUUAUGUCAAGUGUGGUUUCGCUGGGGAAAAUUUUCCAACUUCUGUGUUCCCAUGUGUGGUGGGAAGGCCAAUGCUAAGAUAUGAAGAAUCGCUCAUGGAGCAAGAGCUGAAGGAUAUUGUUGUUGGAGAAGGUUGCUUAGACUUGCGGCAUCAAUUAGAUGUUUCUUAUCCAGUCAAUAAUGGUAUUGUGCAAAACUGGGAUGAUAUGGGUCAUGUGUGGGACCAUGCAUUUUUUAACGAGUUGAAGAUAGAUCCAACUGAAUGUAAAAUUUUACUCACAGACCCUCCUCUUAAUCCAUCCAAAAAUCGUGAAAAGAUGGUUGAGACUAUGUUUGAGAAGUACAACUUUGCUGGUGUCUUCAUUCAAAUUCAAGCUGUUUUAACAUUGUAUGCUCAAGGUUUGCUAACUGGACUUGUGAUAGACUCGGGUGAUGGUGUCACUCAUGUGGUUCCUGUUGUUGAUGGCUAUUCAUUCCCUCAUCUUACAAAACGAAUGAAUGUAGCAGGUCGGCACAUUACAUCUUAUCUUGUGGAUUUGCUUCUACGUAGAGGGUAUGCAAUGAAUAGGACUGCUGACUUUGAGACUGUUAGAGAUAUCAAGGAGAAGCUUUGCUACAUAAGUUAUGAUUACAAAAGGGAGUACCAGUUGGGGCUUGAGACUACCAUCCUUGUGAAGAAUUAUACUUUGCCAGAUGGAAGGGUUAUCAAAGUUGGCACAGAGAGAUUCCAGGCUCCUGAGGCUCUUUUUACUCCUGAACUCAUAGAUGUUGAAGGUGAUGGAAUGGCUGACAUGGUAUUUCGUUGUAUCCAAGAAAUGGAUAUUGAUAACCGGAUGAUGCUCUAUCAACACAUAGUUUUAAGUGGAGGGAGUACUAUGUACCCUGGAUUGCCCAGUCGCCUGGAGAAAGAAAUUUUAGAGCGUUACCUUGAAGUUGUUUUGAAGGGAAACAAGGACGGAUUAAAGAAACUACGGUUGCGAAUAGAGGAUCCACCACGCAGGAAGCAUAUGGUGUACCUUGGAGGUGCAGUCCUUGCAGGAAUUAUGAAGGAUUCACCAGAGUUUUGGAUUAGCAGAGAAGAUUACCUAGAAGAGGGAAUUGCUUGUCUAAGCAAGUGCGGCCAGGCAUGAGUUUUGGUGGUUAAUAUGUUCUCAGUUUGCUGUUGAAGGGGAACUUCUAGACUGUUACUUUCUCCAGCAAGAGGAGAUGGGGAUAAAAUGGCAAAACCCAUAAAGUUAGAGAAGAAAGGAACAAUGAAUAUCCGUCAAAAGUUCAGUGGUGAAUGCUAUGAUCUGCUUUUGUGAUUUGACUUAGCAAAAGCUUCACAAUGCCACAUCUUGAUGUCAGAAAAAGGUGGUAUUUUAAAUAAUUUUGCAUUUUAUACUAUGUAUCUCUGUAUUGGUGGACAUUUAUAUCUUUGUAUAAACUAUUACUCCAAAAUUUUUCCUUUUGACACUUUUGCCAUUUGGUCAUGUAAAAUACAGCGGAGGAAAUGAACUGUCUUGGAAUUUUUUUCCUGCCA